AUGAAGCCAAGCAGCAAGCCCGGGCCGAUUUGGCUUAUCACGAAGAACACGAAUGCGGCCAUAAUUUAGAAAAACCCAAAAUUGCCAUUUACUUCUCACCGAACCAAGGAGGAAAUAAGCACGCCGAUCUAACUUAUGCUACAAAGAUUAACGAAAGUGAAUUAAGUUUGGAACAAGAUAAUCAAGGACAAAUCUAUCAAGAAAAAUCGGCUGAAAAAUCGCCAAUCAACUUAACUCCUUGA